AUGGAUAUGCAUCACGGAAUGCAUAACGGGGGUUAUAGCUCUCCACACCAGAGCUUAGAAGAUAUGCCAAUGCCUGGUCACUUCCCCGAUACCCCAGACAUCGACGAUUUUGAAGAUCUCGACACCCGCUUCAGCAGGCUUGGUCUUGAUAGUAGCCUCUCCCGAGGGGCCCAGCUUAAUGAGAGCACAUACGAGGGAUGGACACUGUAUCGUGGAGAGCCGAAAACGCCUGGUGGAGAAAGAACCUGGGCCACUGCAACCAUCUGCAAGAUGCCUCUUCCCCAGGCAGAAUUAAUCGACCUGGUUCAUAAACAAAAGCGCCAGUCCGUCACAGAAGCAUAUAAUGAGCUGACCCUGGUUAAGCGGCAACACAUUGAUAACCUCAUCGAGCAGAGGAAGCAAGAGUGCAAUGAUCCAAAAUACGACUGGAUCUGCGUUUAUAUCAAUUCCACCACUCGAGAUGUGCGGUCUACUUUUGGUCCUAAGAAGGCUUUGACGAUAUCAAUAGCCAUUGUUCUCUGCAAGCAGCUAAAGCCGGAAAUACUUAGAGCCCGUCGCGCUGCGCAAAUUAUAAAGGAGAAAAGGGCUAGGGAUACUGCUAGACAUGACAUAAGUAUGGGGCGUGCGGAGUUUGCUGAUCCACCCCGCGGUCCUUUUCAACCAUCUGGUCUUGGAUUAAACCUUUCUGAUGCCCAGAAACUUCCGAAUCCCCAGAAACGUCCACCAGCAAACACCCAACAUAACCUUCCACUUCACUCGCAGAGCAAACCUACACCUUACCAACACCAGCCUCAGCCCCCACCAUAUCUUCCACAGGGACAUCCACAGGACCAUCCACACCCGCAUCAUGGGCAGCACCCAUUUAACCCUAAUUCCCACAACCCAGGCCAGAGUCAUCUUACCCACGCCCCUCCAACAAACCAUGAACUUCGGAUGAUGGGAAAAAUUCCUUUCCAAGGAGCUUUACAUCCUGAACAUGGACAAGAACCCCCCCCUGAGGAGUUCGGGCCUCCCCAUUAUCCACGUCAGAUGAUGCAGCAGGAGAUACCACAUGUUACUCCAGGAAACCAUCAACAAGACCGGAAGAUACUUCCUGAAAUGAUUCAGAUUCCACCACCCCCGAUUGGAUCACAUCAAUCACAACCUCGCCUUCUACCAGCUCCACACGAUGCUCAUCCAGACCCUCGAUAUCACCAACUUCGUCCCGGUGCUCAAGGUUUAAAUGAGGUUCCUAUGCCACUCCGUCAACGCCAUCCUGGGUAUUUAGAGGAGCCACACAAUACCCAAGCUUAUAGCCAGGCACUUUUUGAUCCAAACCAGCAUCAUCCUGGGAAUGAAAAUGUAUAUAAAGAUUCUCAAAUGGUGAAUCAGGAACCUCAGUCAACUCAUCCUCAACGAUCUCGACACAGAGCUGAAGAAGUACCCAAUAUUCAAAUGCCGACUCGGGACUACCAGCAUCAUAGCCAGCGCUAUGCUAGACAGGAACAGCCAUCAGCGGCUACCCAUGAACCGAAGCAGCCUCAUAACAAACAGCACAAGAAAAAGAAACCCCCUCCAAAGAUUGUCAAUUCAGAAAAAGCCAGGAGGGAGCAGGAGAUUGUGGAAAAGUGGCUGGAAGAAGAUAGUGAACCUUCGGACUAUGAUUCAUAUCUGUUUGAUCCAGAAAAUGCAAGCUCCGUCACAGAUGACUCUUUCUCUUUUGGAGAAUAUGAUAACUGUGAUUAUCCUCCUGACGACGAUACCCGUCGCCAUUGUUCCAAUAAGAACCGGAGGAACCAGAGCCGUGAGAAGAGCAAAAGCAGUGACCGUAACGGCCAUCGAAAGCAUCGUCACUCUCUUGGGUAUCGCAUUCACGUCCGCCCAUCCGAAAAGACCUCUUAUCCUAUUGAGCUACCCAGACCCAGGGGAUCGCAAUAUCCCUCAGGGUCCGUUGAAAUUCAACCAUUCAGCAGCACACAUAAACGUCCUGGAAAACUAGCUCGGUCUGAGACCGUCUCUUAUCCCUCCAGACGUCAUAAGGUGUACUCUCACGAAAAAGGCCCACGAAAACCUAGCCCUGAUCGCCUUUCUCCCGCUGAGUUAGCCUGGGGACUGGAACUGCGAGAGAAAGAGAGGGCUCAUCAACGAUACUUGGAGGGCCAGUUGUCGAUUGAGAGAGAGGUUGAGGCUCGCCUUCUAGCUGAAAGCUUGGCUAGGGGUAGUCCUGACCAGGCACAGACUACUCAGCUUGAAGGAUACACCCCCCAGCGUGUACUGGAUACGUACGAGAAGUAUGAUCGAAUGAAGCGGCUUGAUGGCAAUCGGAGGCAGUCAUACAUGGAACAGCAGCACCUAAGGGAUAAUCCAAAAGAUUACUUAUCUCAUGAGCGCCUCUUCAGAAAAUAG